AUGAAUAGUAAUCUCUACAGAAAAGGCACGGGAUUGGCCUAUGAAUGGUUGAGCACUUUGGUGGAUAAAUUCGGCAGUCGACAUCUUGGCAGCGAAAGCUUGGAUAGGGCAAUCGACUAUGUGGUAAAGGGCCUGAAAAAGGAUGGCUUCGAUAACGUGCACACUGAAGAGGUGCCUGAUUUACCGAAGUGGGUGCGGGGCGAUGACCUCGUACAAAUGAUCAAACCUCGCCUGCAAAAGUUCAACGCGCUGGCGAUUGAUGGUUGCCCACCAGCGAACAUAACUGCAGAAGCUGUUGUAGUGAAACAUUACGAUGAGUUGAAGCAUAUCAAUGUGACUGGUAAAAUAGUGGUGUUCGAUCAAAAAUGGAAAGGUUACGGUAAAACGGUUAAGUACCGACGGUCGGCAAAAAUUGUCGAAGAACACGGUGGCGUCGGAGUGCUCGUCAAAUCAAUAACUCCCUUCUCUCCAGCAUUGCCUCAUACAGGCAGUGGCGCUCGAGGAUCAAAAAUACCAGCACUAACGAUCACACUAGAGGAGGCGGAUAUGCUUUAUAGAAUGCAAAAAAGAGGUGAAAAAAUCAUCAUUAACCUGGAUAUUAAAUCACAUCCAGACGGAAAU